GUUUGGUUCACAGCAUUAGAUUGCCUGACAGCACAACGCUGGAGGAAUUUUGGUAAGAGAGAGCAGCUGUUGCUUCUAGGUUCUACUUCUACACCAAAAAAAAUGACGGCGAUUGUUUCUGCCAAUGGCGGUACUAGUGGAGAACAAGAACAAGAGCGACUCACACCGAUCGCUACCUGCGAUGUCGUCGCCUGCAGCAUCGUCUCCCCCUCACAUCUGGCAGUGCAUCCGCUAGUAGCGCAUCCGCUGGAUCGUACUAGGAAAAUUUCUGACAUUGACUUCAUUAUCAGUUUGACUUUAGAUUCUUUUUCAUCAGGAUCAGGAUCAGACUCCACCCUGCUUACUAGGCAUAUGCUGACGCUGAGUCAACUCAGAUGAAGAGAAUAGUUUGUGACUUUCUAUUUCAACAUCGUGAUGAUCCACCAUAAUGCGUACUUUCAGCCUUGACUGUCCCGAAAAGCAUAGCCUUGACGGCGGCUGAGACGACGCAUUAUCGUGGCGAAGAAGUUCAGGCUUUCCUUGGCGGAUUUCAUGGCCAGGCAUUUCUUGGCGAAAAAGCUGGGUACUUAAUUGAAAGUAUUAGAACUACAGACGCACACGCAUCAUGAUGUAGUUGUGUCUCCAAAAACUCCUAUUUAAUCAGACGAGAUGAAGAUGAGCAUGAAGCUGAAGUUGUAUUAUACUGUAGAAUCUGAAUUUGUGUUUGCUAGGCAACGUUCUUUGUAGUUCUUACGCUGACUCUUGUUUUCGUGGAACUUGUAUUCAAAGAUAGAAGUCUAUUCAUACAUCCACCAGGUUAUCGGGCAACAAGGAUUUGUUCAUGAUUUUACCUGUUCGACACAACGCCGAAAUUUGGAAUUCGAAGCUGUUACGUGCUAGCUUGAGCUUUACCGCAACAAAAAUGGUGAAAGUUGUAGCUCUUGCAGGAGGAGUCGGAAUUGGAGAACCACAAAUGCUUACACCAAUUUUUGCCUACGGCGUCGUCUUCCCCUUCGCCUCACUUCCAGAAGUGCAUUUGCUGGCACGUACUAGGAAGUUUUCCAGUAAUGUCAUUGCAGAUCAUUCUUGUUCAUCAGAGGGCCACUGAGGACAUUCAUCAAGACAUGUGUGCUAUGUGAGUAGAAGACUCAGAUGAAGAGAAUAGUUUGAGACUUCUAUCCUCAACAUCAUGAUCCAGGUAGAAAAACAAGGCGGUAACCAGCUACUAGGGAUAGAGUAGAUGAGUACUUCUUUGUAAAAGAACCAUUUCAGGUCCUCUCAUCUACGACGAUUUUCGUGCCAUCCGAACUAUCCCGACUGAGCUGCAGUUGCCGCUUUAUAUGUAUGUCCCGAAGAGCAUAAACGUGGUGUUGACGCUGGCCGAGAUAUUGACGUAUUAUAAUGGCGAAAAAGCUCAGCUUCAGGCAUUUCUUGGCGGACAUCAACUUGGUCAGACGUUCCUACGCGAACACCUACAUCAUGGUCAAGCAUUCCUUGGCGAAAAAGCUGGGUACUCAUUCUCGUUAUGUCUAUCUACGAAAGCCGUUGUAGUUUUUACUCUUAGGCGUACUGUCCAUGUCCUACUUCUCGUUCUCAUAUAUAAUGAAAAACGGUAAAACUAUGAUUUUAGCCUAAGUAUCAUGCUGUUGUUCCUCAAUAUCAAAUGAUUUUCGUCACUACACGUUCAGGCUACUGCGAAACUACAAGGAGCUUUUCACGAUGUUGCCUGUUAAUGCCGCAACCAAAUUUGAAGACAGCUGCCGCGAACUCGUCCAAGGCCAACGCCGCAACAAAACUAGAAUCAUUACGGCUAUACAAGUUUUAAUUAUCUUCAGUCACAGUUAAUAGCACUAUAAUUGCCUCUUUAAUAAAACUCAGUAGCUUGAAUUUUUUUUCUAGUGCUGUUCCUGACCGUAGUUAGCCAUCAUUCUGAAAAGAUAUCUUCUUUAUCAACUCUCAACUCUUCUUCCAGAGCAUGACCGUAGCCCGACCAAAACCAAUUUCCUCCUAAGUUCAUUUGAGUAUUAGGCUCGACCCUCAUUUGCAAAUCACACAAUCCAAGACGAUAUUGAAUUUGAAAAAUAUUACGACUUCUAAUAUUAGUCGGAGACAAGCCAUUGGCGAUCACGGAGGUAGAGCAAAGGCUGAGGAAAAGUCGAAAAAGUUGCGCUCUUCAUGCUCUCGCCGCUCUUGUUCUGCGUUCGCCAGAAGAAGUGUUAUGCGUUGAAGAUGUGUUAAAGUCGUUUGUGUAACUCUUGCUCCUAUGUCUAUGAUGAGUCUCCUUUUUGUGCAGCAUGAACAUGCUUCUGUGCUCCUUUAGCAGUACUAUCAUGAUGUAUACGGAGGCUCUUGCUAGAUCCUAAUUAUUUCACAGCUAGUACCAGAUCCAGAAGAUGGCCAUGACUUGUUCUGCAAAUUGUACAUCGGUUUUUCAAGAUGCUAGCUUCUUAUACUUGGUAGUUAUAUUAGCAUGGGUUUUCGUCCUUUUCGUUUUCUUCAACUUCACACUGAUUGACGAGAGUUUCAGUUUCAUGAAUGUGCUAUUACGUUCACUAGAAGCUUAUGCUCUUACUCUCACCUCUAAGAGUGCUGCCAUGGCUGUCGCGUCUUACGCUGUGCUAGCCUUACAGACGAACAAAGACCAACGUCCUGCAAAGCACAGACCGACAUCGUUAAGGCGACUUGUAGUUUUCAUAGGCACUGUUAGCCUCUCAACAACAACAAGUUCAAGUAUUUUUCUCCUACUAUAGUCUCUGACUCUCACUCUCUCAGUGUUUAAUCCGUUUCAACAACAACAAACUCAAGUAUCGUGUGCAAAGUGCGAUAUUCUUGAGACGAGAUAUUACCAUACUACAGGGAUAUUAACUGGUAGGGUCGUGGCUACUUCUAGCUCUAACGUCCGUGGCGGCCGACGUCAACAGCGAGGGUGAGACGGACGUCGAGAUCACAUCUGAAGAAACCGCUUUCGCACUCGUCCCUAGUAGCGGACCUGCGUCAUUUGUCAAUGUCAACGUCAAGGAAAAGGCUGUAGCUUGGCUUAGAGAACGAGUCUCCCGUGCGACGACGGCGGUUCUCGGGUCCCGCACGCCGAAACAAUACAGUACAUGCCUAUCGUUUCUUGCUUUGCGUAGAUACCAAUACCUGUACUUGAUCAUAUGACUUCUAUUUUUCUUCGUCCUACAAACAUGAAUAUGGAUAUGAAAUUGAAAAUAUAUUUUGGAUGUUAGUUCCGGUUCCCAUCUGUGGUCCUCCAAUUCUCCUGCACAGGCGAGAAAAUCUGGUCCAGCCCGCCCCUGAUGGUUAUUUCUGAAAAUAUUCAAAUGAAGCCGCAGGAGCUGCCCUUGUUUGUUCAGAACGCGUUUUAUUAUGUGCACGGUGAACCCGCCGACGAACAAGACCGGCUAACAGUAACAGAUAACCAGCGCCUGGCUAUCGCCAGAGCAUCCUCUAUUUACCCUCAGAUCGAGGCAACGCCAAUGCCGAUUCUGUCAUCAUGCGUCGACUUCUCAAAAAACUUUAAGGGAAAGAAGUAGAGCAGGGCCCCAAGCUGCUCUGAGCAAUUUAAUUAACAAAAAGCAUCUGCCCGCUUCGAGAAGUGUCAAGAUGAAUCGAGUAAAAACUUUUGCCUGACGCUCACUCUGAAAUAUUACCAAAAGAUUGAACGUUAUUUACGUUAGUGCGCCCAGAAGACUGCCUAGGCCUACACCCCACAUUACACAGCCCCCUCAGCCUCAAAGUGGACCUUUUCUCCCUCUAAAUAGUACGAAUUUCUGAAGUGUGAGGGGAUUUCGCAAGACGCGAAGACGGAUUUUUCUCAGCCGGGGUCUUGGUCGCGGCGACUUACAACAUCGAGUCGGAACUGGUAUCGUCAGAAUUUCCCCAAUAUUUGCACGGACUGUAAAGUCUUCGUCAAAGGCCAGCGAUAUGCAUAUAAUGCGCUGGAGCUUUCUCCUCCUCGUGAACUUUCGACAUUAGAAGAUGUCAGGUAUCGGUUUGUGUUGCAAAGACGUGCUGCUUACGAUGAGGCGUCCUCCUGGAAGGAAGAAGGGAGCUUCUGCAAUCUUAUGCUCUCGAUUCAGAUUGUUGAUUCCGACUCAAUCUUUAUACGGGUGAGCUUCAGAAUUUUCGGUCUAUCCGAAUCUCUAUUAACAAGCCAACUGCUCGCGCUGUCAAUCAGACUUCAUUUUUUUCUUCCAAUGAUACAGAUUUUUUUCCUUGCUUUUCCUCCUUUUCCGCACUUCUAACUUGUUUGGAACUUCGUUGGGCACCAAUUUGACACCCGAUGACAUAGUUCGCUCAUUAAUGCAACCGAGCCACACCUUUGACCAUCAUGAUGUUAUCGAAGGGGCUUGCGCGCAUAAAGAAGUAGCCAAACAGAGAAAGAGCACACGCCAUCCUGGCACUGAAGAAGAGUACACACGACGGGAAUCGGUUUGCACUCGAUAUUGCGAGUCGCCGAAUAUCAUUGUCGUCAGGAGGACUACACCCGGCGAGGGCGCGCUACCCGUCAAGAAUUUUCGUGCCUAUCGCAAUCAAGACCCCGGUGCGAACGCUCCUCGUCGGUCGUUCGGCAUCGGGGACGGGACUGCUCUCGAGCGCGAUUAUGCUUGUCUCAACCUUGAACUUUCAGAGGCCUACACGAAAGCAACACCAGAGACUGACGAGUUCGACAUUUAUCAUCGGAGGAAUAUGAUAGAAGAAACGACAGACCAAGUAGCCAAAGGAGUGAAUACGAGGAUCAAUGCGCCAGAAUUUCAAGACUUAUGGCUUUGGGUUUGGACUUGGAGGAGAGCAAGAAAUUUUGUAUAUUUCAGUCAGGUUUAUUAUAAAUACGAGAUAGAAGAGGUGAAUACUUACAGAUCGGCUUCCAUGCAUCCUCUCACCACUACGGGCCGCGCAUCCUACGCGCGGGUACUCAACUUCAACAUAUUCCCGCCAUUUUUAGCUAUUCUUCUAGUACAUCCUACGAUGCAUUUGCAUUUUCAUCCACUGAGUCACUUCUGUUCUUUUUCUCCCUCCCACCCUCCCUCGCCUCGUUCAACCUACCCUAGUCCCCAUGUCGCACUCGACCUGCAAACGGACAGCUGGUGCCAAUGAUCAUCAAUAUAGAAGCAUAUCACUGAGCCUUCCUUAGCUCAACUUAUGUCCGUUUGGCAGGCGAGUCUGGAGUGUUGGCUUUCGGACAAAAUCUAUACCUUUUUCAUGUUCCAUGACCCGCAGCGGGAACGAUCUAUAUAAGCGCGAAUGGAAACGAGCCCUAGCCGAGAGGAACAGAAGGGCAUUAGCAGAAGUUGCUAACCUCUGGAAGAAGGACGGAACCCCCUGCAGUGUUAUGAUGAAUUACUUUUGAGCUUGUUCACUAGUCGAGUCGAAAUCAGGACUACUUCGUAGGGCAUUCUGUUUGAAAAACAGAAAGAAGAAGAAAUCAGAAUACGCUAGACAUUCUAAUUGUUACAGGCAUACAACAAAUAUCACAACUCAUUAUGAAGGACCACGCUAUUCCAGACCUUUGACAACCAUACAGACAAUGAUACGUUUUGAGAGACCCACUAAUAUUUUACCUGGGAGCCUGCAACCAGGCGUGUGCCGAGCCAAAAUGAAAAACGAAGACUUUUUCUUUUGGAAAGACGAUUAUGAUCCCAACGAUCGCAACACGCCUCGCGUAGCGAGAGAAGAGACAAACAGGAGAGACUGCAUGAUUACAACCUGCGUACAGAUAAACGAAGGCCAGAAGGCAGAGAAUGUCGAAGAGUCGGAGUCUGUCAAGGUGGAGCCGGACCGGUUGGAGGUGGUGUCUGUCGAGUCAGAUACAUUCGGAUCCCAGUAA